AUGAUAUCAGACCAAGAAUCUGCUGCGGCGAUGGUGCCUGCGGCAGAAAACAACUCGGCACGACCCAGCGCUGUCGUCGAGACUCCCGAGGGCAACAAUCUGGGCGUUGACGGCUACGACGUCGGGCUCAUGGACGACCUUCUCAGCGCUCUAUCAAGCAUCAAGACCCCAGGAUCCUUUGCAUCGUUCGGUGUCCUGCCUCAACCGCCGCCUGCCGGCCUGUUCGUCGACAACGUAGGCGACAUUACCAUGCCCCUGAGCGAGGUGCAAGCCCGCCAGCUGAUCGCAAAGGCUCGCCAGGCGCCAUACGGCAAGGGGAGCGCCACCAUCGUCGACACUGCGGUUCGAAAGACGUGGGAGUUGGACUCAGGGCAGUUCAGGUUCCAAAGCCCACAUUGGCCGGGCUUCAUGCGGCAUUUGUGUGCCCAAGUCGCCUUAAAUCUAGGCAUUAAUGCCCCCAUCGCGGCCCAGAUUUACAAAAUGCUCAUCUACGAGAAGGGUGCCAUGUUCAAGGCACAUACCGACACCGAGAAGAUUCCUGGCAUGUUCGGCACCCUCGUCGUUUGCCUACCGUCAGCCCACCAAGGCGGAGAGGUAGUUCUCAAGCACUGCGGCCAGAAAAAGGUUUUCAAGACAUCUGAGGCCCCUCAGUCCUUCGCCUCGUGGUACUCGGACGUGUCGCACGAGGUGCUGCCCGUCACCUCGGGCUUCCGAUGGGUUCUGACUUACAACCUCGCUCUUCACUUGACUGGGCCUGGUCCGUCGGCAGGCUUACAGCAGUUUGAGACGGGAGCGCUCCGUCGCACUCUCAAACGGUGGCUCAGCGAGCCCAAAGAGUCGCGCGAGACCAACUGCGUGUACCACGUGCUCGACCACGACUACACUGAAGCCAAUAUUUCGCUAAAGGCGCUGAAGACGCGAGAUUUGGCGCAGGUCCAUGCCCUGAAGGAGAUAUCCGGGGAGUUGGCGGUUGAUGUGUUCCUCGCACUACUAGAAAAGAAGGAGAUGGGAAUGUGCGAGUACGACCCCGACGAAGACAGGUACGACGGAUAUAGGAGAUAUAAUCGUUCUUACUACAACGACUACAACGAUGAUGAAUCCAGCCAUCACUAUAUUGAGGAAGUUCUUGACACGAGCUAUGCAGUGAAGACUCUUGUCGACUUGGAGGGCCAUGUGGUGACGACGCGUUUGCGCCUCGAUGAACAAGACAUCCUCCAAGAAGACUGCUUCGAGGACCUUGAAGAAGCGAAAGAGGAGUACGAAGGAUCCGGUAUUUGGCCCGAGCAUGUUUGCAACCACAGCACCCCCCAGUCUUUCGUCAAUGCGCUGGUAAUGUUAUCCAAGCAGGCGUGGAACAUCCGCCGCAAGACCAUCGGAGGGUUUGGCGCACAGGAACCGUGGAUCGAUGGGGACGGCAUACGGGACGUUCUUACGGCUGCCAUCCAGCACGGAAAAUAUAACUUCUUGCAAGAGGCUGCUGGCCAUCACGAAGGCCUUCUGCCGCCAGAUUUCUUUGUCUGGGUGCGGCAGUGGUUGCUUACUGGCGAUAGCAAUACUAAUGAACGGUUUAAUGUUAUUCAAAGCGGGAUAUCUUCUGCCAUUUCCUCCUAUCCUUACUUCGCCGAUCAGUUUACCGCCAUCACGAAAUUGGUGCCCAUGUCAAACGACGCUUUGACUCCUGACACCGCUGCUACUCCUGAUUAUAUUCUAGACUGGGCUCGCGGAAAACUCCGCUCUUGCAUGGAUGCCUGCGCUUCCGAGUCUCUGGGCCGCGAAGAUGGGCCUGCCAUGGUGGAUCUUGCCUUGUUUUUCAAUGAUCCCCCGACCUUUAUGUCGCAAAUCAUUUUGCCCAGGAUCGAUCAAAGACAUGAUGCCGCGGCCUUCUUUCUUGCAUUCCUGGCCCGGCUUCGACAGCAAAGCAAAAAUGGAAUCUUGCCAAUGGGAAAUGCUAUCCAGUUUUACCAGGCCAAGGCCAGAUACUUCAUCACUUUGGCAGAUUUCACACAAAUGCGUGGCGACGCUGGAGGCCAGGCGAUUCCAACCAAGAAAACACCACACAAUUGUGAACAAGCCCAAAAAUUGGACCGCCGAACAGCCAUCAGUUAUGAAGUGCUGGCCGAUUUCUUCUCAGCCAUCAUCCAGUCAAGCACAGAAGCAGACGACCUCGUAACGCUAUUCGUUUCCAAACUCGUCGUCAAGGCUCAACAGCUCCCAGCACUUGAAUUCCACGCCUUGUGGCUUCCCUUCCUACGCCGUCUUAUACCCAUUCUUGUCUCCAACACUAUACCUCUGGACAACCCAUAUUGUCAACAGCUCUUUUCGGCCCUUCUACACGCGUACGUCAAUAAGUACGUAGGGCACAAGCCCACCGAGAAGACAAGCCUGAUACGGCCCGGUGUACGCUGCCAAUGCUCCGACUGUCAGUGGCUGAACAGGUUUCUUGCUGGCACAGAAAGAGUCGGCCGCUUUUCCGUAAAUAAAAAACGACGUAUGCACUUGCACCAGCAGCUCGACUCCGGGGGAGUAGACUGUACCCAUGAAACGUGGCGGUCGGGUUCACCCCAAACUCUAGUGGUAACCAAGACGUUCCGACACAAUGAGAAGAGGCUUCUGGACUGGAAAUCGCGGUUGAUGUUGGCGAAGGAACAGAUUCGAAAGUUCGAGCCGCUCCACCUCUCGCUACUUCUUGGACCGAACUACCUAACUAUUGUCAAUAUGGAGCAUCUCUCCGCGGCGCCGGAGCGGGCUCAGGGUCAAUCGCCGGCAGUGGUUUCAGGCUCCUCACGGGCGGCAGACCAACCUCGUGGGCCAUUGCAGGCAAUUAGCUCCACGAGAUUGCGCCAGUCACCCGUUGCUGGAGUGAAGAGGAAGUUGCCUCCCACAGAGAUUGACAUUAUUGAUUUGACUGGAGAGUAG